CUUGGCAAGGGUCUCUCGCUCGGCCAACUACCCAAUUGCGGAUCACUCUAUGUGGUGGAGUUCAAGGCCGGAAGGAAUGACCUAUUCUACAUUGGAGAGAAUAGUGGAGUGUCGCUCAAAAUAGGCGAUCUUGUUAUUGUGGAAGCAGACCGAGGCAAGGACCUGGGCAAGAUCACGAAUGACUCGAUUACUCCUCAACAAAUCCAGGCGAUGCAGGCACAGCAGGCGGAAAUCGCAGCGUUGCAGGCACAUCAAGAUGGUAGUGGUGGAGGCUCAGGAAGCAGCAACAAUAAUGGAACUGGUGGACAUCGUGCGCCUAAGGAGAUUCAUCCCAAACGGAUAUUUCGGCUGGCUCAGUCGUCAGAGAUCUCUCAGCUGGUCAACAAGAAUCAGGAUGAAGUUAAGGCGAUGAUGGUGUGUCAAACCAAGGUUCGACAGAAGCGAUUGCCCAUGGAGGUCGUGGAUGCAGAGUAUCAAUGGGAUCGACGCAAGCUGACGUUCUACUUUAUUGCAGAGAGACGAAUCGACUUUCGUGAGCUGGUACGGGACCUGUUCAAAAUCUACAAGACAAGGAUCUGGAUGUUCGCUGUGAAUCCAAGCAUGGUGCAAUCCAGUACUAUGGGGCUCCCCUCGCAAACUAGCUCGCCUCCGCCCAUGUCUCCGGGACCUGUUCACCAACAACAGCACCAGCAACUUCAUCAACAUUCCCAAGGACCACCAGCUGUCAAUUCACCUACUUCGCCACGUCUUCCUCAUAUUGACCGUCAACCAUCGCCGAUGAACCCAAUGAACAGCUACCACUUUUCACAGCUCUCGCAACAAUACCAGCCGCAGCAUGCUCAGUACAGCCAAUACCCGCAGUAUCCGCAGGUGCCCCUACACUUUCAACAGCAACACCAGCAGCACCAGCAGCACCAGCAGCAGCUCGUAGCCGCACAUCAUCGGGCCCCUCAAUCGUUCUAUGGGCUGCAGUCAUCAUCACUGCCUCCACUGUCCUCUCCAUCACACCCACAUCAAUCCCAUUCCUAUCCUUACCCAUCUCUUAACCCAUGA